AUGGAUCCGAAAAUAGAACAAUAUAGUUACGGUUUUUGGAAAAUAAAAACCCAAAAAGGUGCUAUUUUGAAAUCGUAUGAGGCUGAUAAUAUGCAGACGAAUUUAGGAUUUGCGCCUCCUGAGAUGACAUUUGGAAAGAACUUCAUUACAAUUUAUUAUAAAGAUAGCCCAAUUUACGGGUUUUUUACCAAGGAUGCUCUAGAAAUGGUCGGUAAAGGAUCUGGUGAAUUAAUGCAAGUUUCAUUCGCAGAAGAGUGGAUAAAAUCAAGAACCAAAACCGGAGAGAGCUUUCCUGUUGUCUCUCCUUAUGAUUGGACUUACUACACCGAAUACCAAGGUACAGUUUUAGAUCAAAACCUUCGUUUCAAAGACGUUCAGGACCAAAUACCUGCGGUAAAGAUUGUACAAGCCGGUAGUAACUUGUGGUACACCGAGUUAAUAUUGUUCGAAGACGAAUUAGCUGAUAAUGGCAAAGCAAUGUUUGAUGUUCGAGUACGGAUAGUGAAAGGACACUUCAUUUUGCUAGCAAGAUUGGUAAUGCGUUUGGAUAAUGUAAUAGUGCGUGUGAAUGAGACAAGGAUCUAUAUCGAUUUGAAUGGUAAUCGGGUAUUAAAAGACUUUCGUAAAAAAGAGUCCAAUUAUGAGAGCGUCAUUAAACGUAUACCUCUAGGAUCAGAUAAAGCAAGACUUUUGGAUGAUAAUAACUGGCUUAGUGAAAGUUUACCAUUGCUGUACCACAAUGUAUCAGAGCUUCGGGGUGUACUUUAA